UGAGGUUCUUAUCCGGUAGAGGGCGGAGUGAGAGAGAAGUGAAGAUCGGGGAAUCUGGAGCUGCAGAGGGCUGGAGCUGCGGAAAGGAGCGGAUAUAGGCUGCAGCGGAUGCCGGGUACCUGCAGCCUGAGUGCGUUCGGGAUGAAAGGCAGGAGUCGGGGGUCCACCGGUUGACUGAACAGGAAGACUUGUAGUAGCACGAGUCGUGGUUUGAGAGACUGGUCUGGUGUCCGGUGCGCGCCCACACACACACACACACACACUCACACACACACACACACACACACACACACACACACACACACACACACACACACACACACACACACACACGCAUCCACAUUCUCAGUAGUCUACGUCUUAAGAGCAGCAGGAGAUGCAUUACGUCAUAGCCUCCCGUUGCCCUAGAUGACCGCGCGCGCGCAGGACGGGAUGAUGCAGGGUUGCUGGACUAGAACAGGAAAGGAUUCCACUGCUGCUCGCGAGCGCCCGGUGGCUGUGUCUCUACUGGACGAGGAAGAAGGGGAGCCGCCGUCGCGCGGCCGCUGGCGCUGAUGGCUCCUCGCGCCCCAAGCGGGAAAGAGACACAGCAGUCGCCGCGGCGCGAGAGGGAAGGGGACAGCAGGUAUCUGGGAAGUGACGUGGUGUCCGCGCCCCACGAGAAAGCACAACGGUGCGGUUGUCGUGCAUUUCGCAGGAGGGCAGGAGCGGGAAGGGGAACAUGGCCGCGCAGUCGGACGGCGGCGGUGCCGGUGUCGGGUGCGGCGGCGGGUUCGCCCAGCUGUACGAUGUUGACGGCGAGGAGCCGAUGGACUCUGCCGCGAUCCACAUCUGUCAGUGCUGCCGCACCUCCGCUUGCUACUGGGGCUGCCGCUCAGCCUGCCUCGGCUCUCUGCUCGGCGGGGGCCAGCCUAUCGGAGGGGUCGGCAUCCGGGAGACUCACUGCCCGCCCCGGGAGCAGCUGUGGCUGGACUGCCUCUGGAUCAUCCUCGCCCUCCUCGUCUUCUUCUGGGACGUUGGCACGGAUCUGUGCCUGGCGAUGGACUACUAUCAGAGACAGGACUACCUCUGGUUCGGCCUCACUCUCUUCUUCGUGCUGGUGCCGUCUGUGCUGGUCCAGAUUCUGAGUUUCCGCUGGUUCGUGCAGGACUACACCGGCGGGGGGCUCGGCGAAGUGGAGGGGCUGACCAAGCGGGGCGCGGUGGCUCUGGGGUGCCUUUAUCCCGGCAGGGACCGCCUGCAGCUGGCCACCAUCUGGCUGUGGCAGGCCACCAUACACAUCCUCCAGCUGGGACAAGUGUGGAGGUACAUCAGGACGCUGUACCUGGGCAUCAUGUCGCGUCGGCAGAAGGAGCACCAGCGGCGCUGGUACUGGGCCAUGAUGUUCGAGUACGCAGACGUCAACAUGCUGCGGCUGCUGGAGACUUUCCUGGAGUCUGCACCUCAGCUGGUCCUGCAGCUCUGCAUCAUGAUCCAGGAGAACCGAGCCGAGACGCUGCAGUGCAUCUCCUCCCUGGGCUCCCUCUUGUCUCUCGCCUGGGUUCUGGCCUCCUACCACAAACUGCUGCGAGAUUCUCGUGACGACCAGCGCAGCAUGAGCUACCGCGGGGCGCUGCUGCACCUCUUCUGGCGCCUCUUCACCAUCUCGUCCCGCGUCCUCUCGCUUGCCCUCUUCGCCUCCCUCUUCCACAUCUACUUCGGCAUCUUUGUAGUUGUUCACUGGUGCGCCAUGGCCUUCUGGGUGGUGCACGGAGGCACCGACUUCUGUAUGUCCAAGUGGGAGGAGGUGCUCUUCAACAUGGUGGUUGGCAUCGUCUACAUCUUCUGCUGGUUUAACGUGAAGGAGGGCCGGACGCGGUACAGAAUGGUGACCUACUACAUCGUGGUGUUGGCCGAGAACACCAUCCUCACUGGGCUGUGGUACGCCUACAGGGACCCAGCGUUGACUGACUCCUACGCUGUCCCAGCGCUGUGCGGCGUCUACCUGACGUUCGCUGGCGGCGUCCUGGUCAUGCUGUUGUACUACGGCUUCCUGCACCCUGCCACCGCCCACCUCCAACCGAGCCCUGCCUCGUCCUGCUGCGCCCAGCUGCUCUGGGGUCUCCCCCUCCCCCCGUCAGCCCCGCCCACCGCCCCACCCACCCCUGCCCACAUGACCAAGUCACAGACGGAAGAGGAUGUGGCCGAGACGUGUCUUCCCGUCUUCCAGGUGAGGUCGGCGCCCAUCACCUCCAAGCCAGAGGGCCCCCUGAUAAAGAUCGACAUGCCCAGGAAGCGUUAUCCAGCAUGGGACGCCCACUACGUAGACAGGCGCCUGCGGAGGACUAUAAACAUCCUGCAGUACAUAACGCCAGCCGCUGUGGGCAUCCGCUACCGUGACGGACCCCUGCUGUAUGAACUGUUGCAGUAUGAGUCCUCACUCUGACACACACACACACACACACACACACACACACACACACACACACACACACACAACAUCACUACAGCUAAGCACAUACACACCAUAAAAAAGACAUGUAUGUAUACAUGGAUGUUCAGAUUUAGAAACACAUUCUCACACCACACAACGUCACACUUGAUGUAAGCACAUAUACACAAAAGCAAUCUGUCACACUUUUAAUGCGCGCACGCACACACACACACACACACACACACACACACACACACACACACACACACACACACACACACACACAUUCCUUGCGGGCACCUACAACCUGUGAGUCCCAUGGCCAUGACUCAACAAGCUGCUUCAGCGCGAGUCCAUCUCUUUCUCUCCUCUAUCUUUCCAACUCCUCUGAUCACUCGUCAUCUGUUCUCAUCGAUUUAAUAUCACACGUUUGCUCUCCGCAGUGAAGAAAAAACAAAAUAUUGAAAAAUGAGCGCAGUUUUACUUCGGAGUCUUUGACCACCGCAUGCCGUUUACGUUCGCGCACUCUUUCACGGGUUUCAGUAGAAUAAAAAGAAGUGACACAAAGAAAGAACAAACGUCACUUUUAAUAAGGAGUUCGUGAAUGUGUUGUCGUUAGUCUUGUCAAAAGGUAGUGUAUAUAUUUUCUAUGUACAGAAAGGAUGUUUUUUAUGUACCGUUACGUUGUUGCCGACUGGGGACAAAGCAGUUGGACACAUCGGUUUUGGGGGUUGGUUGACAAGGUUACCAGGGAGAGUAGCGGAGCAUGAUGGGAAAGAUGGAGACAGAGAGGGUAUGGUAUUUAAUGAGCACUCAAACAAUUUCACUUAAAGUUUGCGCUACAGGAAUAGUUUCACAUUUUGGGAAAUGACACAUAUUCCUUUUCUUGCCUGAGUUAGAUGAGAAGAUCUUUCUCUCUCGUGUCUAUACACUAAAUUUGGAGCUAGAGCCAGGAGUAGAUUAGCUUAGGUUAGAUGCUAGCCUGUCUACGUUCAAAGUUAAAGAAAGGAGAGAUGAAAUACUGGUAUCAAUCCUCUCAUCUAACUCUCAGCCAGAAAGCCAAUAAGCAUAUUUCCCAAAAUGUCAAAGUAUUUCUCUAAGCAUGCCAACAAUUAAGCAUACACUGUGUUCGGUGACAGCUGCGACAUUAACUCUAAAAGUGAGAACACGAGAAGUUGUAGCAGCUCAAAAUAAGACCCAAUACCUUCUGAAUGGCUGCCAAUGUGCAACUAAAAGAUUACUGUGCCAAAAUGACAAUGUGCAUUGGAAGAAUUAGUUUCCUGUCUGAAAUAUACUUCAAAACAAAACUAGCUACAUCGGUUAUGGGGAUUUGUAAACAUUACAAAUCUACAGGCCAUAUGCUCAAAACACAUUUCUUAUUGGUAAGAGGCCUGUCUAAUGUAGUCCCUUUCUCUCACUCAACACCUUGUAUGCUUAGGUGUUAGCAUGAAGCUAGAGCUGAAGAUCUACUGAGGACAGAUGGAUGAUUUUAAUGCUACAGUUCUUGUUGCUAAACAUGUACACUAGUCUAUGUGCCAAUCUCUUUCCAUCUCCAAAAUUGUAAAGUCAAACAGAAGAAUCAAAAACACAGUGGCACCAUCAUCUUAUAGAUAAACGCCCAUGUUAGUGGAAUAAGUGUUAACUGUCUGCUGUAUGGUUAUAUCAUAAAUAUCAGCGAAUACAAGAAGGAACUUAAAGCAGAGCAUGCUGUUCACACUGAUUUUCUAUAUGUGUAUGCCGUUUAGGGCUCCAACAGUUCAUCUCCAUCAUGUUCUGUUAUGCUGUGGGUUAGAUUUUCUUUAGCUAUUCCGUCGGUUUACCUUGCAAAAAUGAGAAAUCGUCUCAAAAUUUUCAACUAAAAGAGCGAAUGCAUUUUGCAAUUAUUUUUGUCUACGUCUACUACUACAUUUCCCUGUGUGUGAUUUCUAAAUCAUGUUGAUCCCUCACUAACAGGGUGCUGCCACUGAAGCUGAUAUAAAACAGUUUUGGACUUUAAUCGUCACAACCCUCUCAAUGACUGGUCUCCUCCUGUAACGAAUCCAAUACCAACUCCUCCAAAUCCACCCACGGCUGAGCUGUGAUGUAUGGCUCAUUAUUUUUUGGUUUGUUUAUCCCUUUAAUCCAAGCUGUUAGGUUGGCAGGCGACAACAAAUUAGGCGAGAUAUCAGUCAUCAGCCCGUCGACACGCCAUCAGCGGGCCACCUAACACCGUGUUGCGAGUGUUUGCAAGGUAGUGAAAGAGUUUUUGCCGUCCUACCUUUUCUCCAGCCCCACGUCAGUGGUACAGCAGGCGAAACCCAGCCAUUAGACAUUUCCGAUGGUGCGGUUACAAAAGAUGAACACAAACACACACAUGCUUCUUAUUAUAGCUGCUGUCCAAGAGGAUCGAGCAGGUGAACGAGAAAGAUAUUGCAUUUGUUAAAAAGGGGUACGUCAACAUUUUGGGGGGCAAUUUUGGCCUCUCAUUUUUCCUUGUGCAGGUGUGUGAAAUUGUAGGGGAAAAAAAUGAUUUUAUCAAAGGCCAUUGAAACUAAGGUUGAAAGCAAGCUUGUUUUCAAUGAGUACAAUUUGUCAUCAAAUGAGCAGAUCCAUCAGAGCUUGAAAGCAAAUGGCAAGAAACAACAAAGCAACUUUGAUGGUCUGGCAGGGAAUGAAUGGAACUGGGCCAGUAUAUAAACUGAGAGGCUGAUGAGGGAAGUGGGAACAGGUGUGUAGAUGGCUGGGGCAGUCAGGUGAUGGGGAUAGGAAGGGAAGUCUAAAGGGCAUCUGGUGAUGAAUGAAGAGGCCUGAGGAAUAGGGAAUGUGGUUGGAGAGGAGGGAGAGAGAGAUAUGUUGUUUUCUAUCAUUACCAAUAUGUUGAAUCCUUUUUUGGGGGAUUUUGAACUGUUAUAGACCAGUGGUUGUCUUUUUGGCUUCUGAUCCCCUAAAAGAGUACUCUCUACCACUUUAGCUUUGCACUCUUUUAACAUUGUUGGACUCACAAUAGACAAGAUAAAGAUAAAAUCUAAAUCGAUGCAGCAGAACCAGACAUAUUGUGUAUUUUAUUACACAUAUUCUUCUUCCUUAUAAAAAUCCUGGCGCCUACGUUACCCACAAUGCAACUCGACCACCAACUGUUUGGUCAGAGAAUUAAGUGUGUUGUGGCUAAUGGUGGCUAAUUGCCUCAUGGUGCUAGACUCCACACCCCCCAAACUAUUUUUAUUUUCAAACUUGUAGUCUUCAGCCCCAACUGACACUGACUUGUGGCAAUUUAUCAGUAGUACUCCCUAAGACCUUUAAAGAGACUUAGAUUGUAAAAUCAUUGAAUGUCCUCUCUUCCUGCUUUCCUUUUCUUGCGACCCCUAAGAUUUAUCUUGUAACCCUUAUUGGCGUCUCUACCCCCUGGUUGGGAACCACUGUAAUAGACUAAAUAAUUAAUCAAUUGAUCUAAAAAAUUAUCAGCUGAUUAAAUAAUCAUGAAAAUAAUAAUUAAAAAAAAGAAUUCAGCCAAAUGUGGCAGGUGAAAAAGGAGCCUACAACACCAAAAAUGUUGACGUAUCCCUUAAAGUUUGACCACCGUGAACAAAGAGUAAGCUUACAUUACUUUUCCGUGGUGCUAGCCGAUUAAAAACAAAAAAGAGAACAUCUGUUACUUUGCUGCAAGCUAGAUUCAGUAGGUGCAAACGCGCAACAGAAGCAGCAGCAUUGGUGUUCAUAUGGUGCAACGCGCUCAACCUACGGAGUCAAUUGGUUGCUAAUCCUUCUUCAUAUGGUGCAAAUAUGAAACACACAUGUACUUAUGGUGCAAUAAGGGCAGAUUGUCUCUUUAAAUUCUAUGGUGCAUCUUGAGUACUGCCUUCAGUUGCCGGCCAAGGCUGUGCCAAAGGCUCCGUCCAAAUGGGCAACUGCUCUUCCUGUCCUGCAGAAGCUAUGCAAGUCUCCAACGCAAGGAGAUGUGCUUAGUGUACAUGCUCACAACACAUAUACACACACACACACACACACACACACACACACACACACACACACACACACACACACACACACAUGGUUUUCCUCUACAGCAUGGAGAUAUGCUUAGUACACAGUAAAAAGUAGUCUAACAAUAUGGGUUGUGUCCCUACCUCACCGCUUAAACACACACACACACACACACACACACACACACACACACACACACACAGACACACACUAAUGUCCAAUAAUCCCUUACCCCUUUAUAAUUUGGGAACAAUAUUCAUAUGGUGCUAUUGAGUAAUGCUGGAUGGGUUUUGUAUUGUCGUGGUGACAGUGGUAUGAAGAAUUUAGCCAAAUAUGUUUAGAGUGUUUCACGCUCAGAUUGAUUGAAUCGUGUAAUUCUAUCAACCUGGGUUUCCUCAAGUAGAGAGUGAACAUAAAAACAGCAACACCUUCUGUCUCUGAGAGCGACACAUAAAAGCAACAAUGCCUUAUCCGCUCGACAGAACUGGAGGUGGACUAUUAUUUAUUUUUUUAGAUAUCCGAGUCAUGGUUAAAGACGAACUUUAGGACUUUAGGAUUUUUGUUGGUCCACUCUGAUGUGGAUGUGAACAUUCACUGUACAUUAAGCAUGGGUUAGAGCGUGUCAGAGCACAGAAAUCGAAGGAGAACAGCAUACUGUGUUAGCACGAAAAAAAAAAGAAUAUGUGACAUUUAGAGAAUACAGUCAAACAUUUUCUGUUCUAAUCGUGCUCGUGAAUUUCUUGCAUGAAUGUUUUAGAUUUGAUGGCACACGUGCUAAGGAAAAUAAGUGGUUACUGCAGAGGCUUAAAAUGUAGAGUCACCGCUUCGUAUGUGCUUCUGGGUUGUUAAAGGGAGAUUUAUGUUGAGCUCCAGCGCAGCUGUCCCACUAGCUUCUCCCUUGUGCUAACCUCUGACCUUUUGACCCAAACCAUGGCCCCUUUGCACCUAGCGCUCCAGCCAACCAGAGAUCAGGUUUAACACAAAUCAGGUCUGACACAACCAAAAAAAAUACAGUUCCUUCUUUGUACGGAAGUAUUCAUGUGUGGCAGUCAGACUCGGCUGUAGCCUCAUUAUCCAACUGCAGGUAUCAUACCUUCUUACCAUCUCCAUUUUGUUUUUUUUAAAUUCAGACUACCCUUCAUAUUUGGAUCCACACUCUACAGUUGAGUCUGCAUGCUACAAAUGUAAUUUCUUCCUUCACCCAAAAACCCAUAGCCUUAGCCAGGCCCACUCUGUAAGACAAAUCCAGUCAGUGUUAUUGUAUGGCUACACAUUCACAGCUAUGCAAGGUUACAGACAGAAAGGUUCUGGGCUUGGAUAACCUUUACAACAAAAAAAAAUACCACAUCACUGUUCUAAUGUGUUGCUUGUUCUUAUUUCAUUGCCUUUCUUUUCUGUUGAGUUGAAGAAAGCCGAAACCACAAAGUGUUAAUGUGCAACAAUGCAAACUUUUUUCAUUUGUUUACUUUUUGCAAUUGUUUAUAAUAAUUUGGUAAUCGUGCAUGUCAUUUCUAUGGACUUAAUUUACAUUUUCCUCUAUCAUGUUUGUCUGUUGGUGGGUUCAAAUUGGUCAGAAAGGGGGUGUGGGGGUGGAAUGCACCUUUUAGGAUGGAUGCAACCUCCCUACAAAGGAAUGUGGAUCUGAUUGUGAAAAGUAAAACCAGAAAGUUAUCUUUUUAUUGUUUGGAUAAACACAUAAAUGUUCCACUAUCAGGGUCUGCAAAGCAUAUGAGGCCUGUGGUUAGGCUGUGUGUGUGUGUGUGUGUGUGUGUGUGUGUGUGUGUGUGUGUGUGUGUGUGUGUGU